UGCUUCUCACAAAUAGAGUUUGAAACAGCCGAGACACUUCUAAAUUCAGAAGUUCACAUGCUUCUGGAACAUCGAAAGCAACAGAAUGAGAGUGCAGAGGACGAACAGGAACUUUCUGAGGUCUUCAUGAAAACUUUAAACUACACAGCUCGUUUCAGUCGUUUCAAAAACAGAGAAACCAUUGCCAGUGUCCGUAGCUUGUUGCUCCAGAAAAAGCUUCAUAAGUUUGAAUUGGCCUGUUUGGCCAACCUUUGUCCAGAGACUGCUGAGGAGUCCAAGGCUCUGAUCCCAAGCCUGGAGGGGCGAUUUGAGGACGAGGAGCUGCAGCAGAUCCUCGAUGACAUCCAGACCAAGCGCAGCUUCCAGUAUUAACCUCCAGCAUCACUGCUGCUGAGGGAGCCCCCAGCGUGGCACCUGUCUCCCGGGACCUGAAACUCUAUCCCAGAAGACACUGGGGACACUGGGGACAGCACCUCCGCUGGGUCUUGGUUUGGGUUGCUGUUUCAGACUUGGCUGUUAGAUCUUUGACGACCACGGAGUCUUGGAGAGGCCUUGCGGUGGCUGCUUGCUGGCUUCCUGAGCUCACCUCUGAAGAGGGUGAGGUGGGGUGCUGUGCAUAUAAACUAUGCUGUUGAAUACCUCAUACCAUG